AUGCUCGUUACACCGCGGACCUACAAGCUCUCUCAGACACCGAACAGCGGAGUGCCUCUGUCGCCUGAAAACCACCCAACAUUUCGCACCCUGCGGGGUUGGAGUAUUCCUCCGGCUGAGAUAAGACGCGCUGCGGAGAUGCUGCUCGUUCACCAGGUCGGCAGCGUGAAGGUGGGAGAGGUGGCUCGUUAUACUUUGACAUAUACACCUUCCGCCGAUCGUAUACUUCCUACUCCCACGAAGCUCUACGUUAAGAUCCGAAAUACGUCUGCCACCCCGCUUCGGGCAGCCUAUCUUCACGGGCCGUAUGCGCUCCAUGUCUCCUGUCGGCCGUCCUCGUUUGAUCCCAACCACAAGUUUGACCAGCACGAGGUCGAGGGGCUGCCUCAGUUUGAACCGAACCUGAAGCCUGGAGGAGCCUGGGAUGCCAUAAUACAGGUCCCUGAAUAUGUUCGCUCGCCACCUACCGCGCAUGCUGGGCCGUCCGGUGAACCCCCUGCGGUGACCUGGAUAAUCGACGUAUCGUCAGAGAUCAUAUUUUCUUCUACUGCUUCGGUUCAAUAUGAACUCCUUAUUGGGCGUGACUCCGCGUCUGUAGAACUGGGAGCACCGACGCUGGCAAACCUACCUCCUGCCGGCCAACUUCGUGACCAUGCAAAGGACCCUAAGCACCGACCAAAGCCCUCUAACAAAGUGCCCGGUGUUUAUUCCGAGUCUAUACGGCUACGCGUGGAUGAUACGACCAGCUUAUGGAACCUGCCGCCGUUCCCGUCGUGUGAAAACAAAAAGGAACCAGGUAAAGGAAAUACCCCGGAACCUGGACCGGGAGGCUCUUCUUGCCAGGCCGAGGAAUCAUCGACCAAGAAACGACGCAAGAAAAUCCAUUUUGUGCUCGUGACACAUGGGUUGCAUAGUAAUCUCGGCGCAGAUAUGCUGUAUCUGAAAGAGAGCAUCGAUGCCGCCGCUAAGCAUUCGCGUGAAGAGGCUAGAAAGCGGAAGCAACAGAAACGGACCAAGGAGUCAGUAAAAGAAAACACACCAAGCUCGUCUAAAGCAGGCCCGAGCACGUCUGAUUGCGGGACAGACAGUGACGAGGACGAGGAUGAAGAAGUUAUCGUUCGAGGAUUCCCGGGCAACGCCGUGCGAACGGAGAGGGGCAUCCAGUAUCUUGGGAAAAGACUGGCCAAAUAUGUUCAGCUAAUGACAUACCCGGAUCAGCCUUAUUUGCCUGUAAAGUCCAAGAACAAACUCCAGCGUCCUCAGGCUCGCCAGAAAAACGGGGACAAUCAGGCCACCCGCCCAGGACACGCUGACCCUGCUCAGGGCCGCAAGCAGCGCGAGUAUGCUUAUAAAAUUACGAGUAUAAGUUUUAUCGGACACUCUCUCGGCGGGUUGGUCCAGACAUAUGCCAUUGCCUACAUCCAAAAGCACUGCCCUGACUUUUUCGACUACAUAAAGCCAGUUAAUUUUGUCGCAUUUGCAUCCCCUUUCCUUGGCCUUAGUAACGAGAACCCUAUAUAUGUCAAAUUUGCCCUCGACUUUGGACUAGUCGGUCGAACAGGGCAGGAUCUUGGUCUGGCAUGGAAUGCGCCGUCGAGGAUGCGAAGCGGAUGGGAAGCAAUGAUCGGAGGCCUUGGAAAUGAUGCCAACAAGUCUCAAGGCCACGACCCGGGCUCGAAGCCACUCCUACGAGUCUUGCCGAGCGGUGCUGCCCAUGAUGUCUUGAAACGGUUUAGAAACCGUACCAUUUAUUCCAACGUCGUUAAUGACGGUAUUGUGCCUUUGCGCACUUCCUGCCUGCUUUUUCUUGACUGGAGAGGACUGGAACGAGUAGAGAAGGCAAGGCGAGAGAAUGGACUCGUGGGAACAGUGGCGGAAUGGGGAUGGGCGCAGCUAACUGGGGUAAAUUCAAGCGCAAUGCGCGCAGGAUCUCGCGCCCUUGGUUCAAUCGAGGAUCAAAAUCAGGAGAGCAACAAGAUGGCCACUCAAUCGCCGCCCUCGAAGUCUGCUCCUCAAAGUGGACAGAAUUCACCCGAGCUACCCCUUUCGAGCCAGUAUCUGCAAUCAGAAAGUGAUCCCGCUGUGGCCUUGUCCCCAAAAUUGAGCCCUAUCAGUUCGCCAACGACUCCUGCUUCCCCAGGCCCAGUCAACACCUUCUUUUCGUUCUUCCGACCCCAGAAAAAGAACAAGGGUCAGAAAAUAUACAAAAGAUCCCAGACCCUACGCAUUGAUACAGAAGAGGAGGGAACAUCAACUAGUAACCUUGACUUACCAUCUGGUCCUGGUCCGGCGAACAGAGGCCCCGUGAGGAGCAACUCGCUAUUCGAGGAUGAAGAUGGCUGGUAUACUCCCCCGAGAACAACAAUUCUUGAGUCAGCGGGUGACGUGCUUAGCCCUCCGCUACCUUCCGUCGAGUAUCUUUUGGACCCUUCUUCACGUCCCAGAACCAUUUUCCAUGACCGGGUUUAUCAUCCUGAUGACAUUCCACCACCACCUCCAACAAGGCCUCGAACCAUAUUUCGCGCUUCGAGUAAUAAUGUCAGUAGACGUGCCUCGAUGGAAAUUUCAGGGUUGCAGUCAGAAGCUCCUAGUGGCAAGACGUCACCAAACCCGAAAGCCCCCUCGGAGGCCGCCCAAAAGGGGAGCAGCGGUAUGAAAGUGGAAGAGAAAAUAGCCAGAGCAUAUCAUCGCGAUCUCACGUGGCGUAAGGUUCUGGUGCGCCUUGAGCCGGAUGCUCAUAAUAAUAUAAUAGUCCGUCGAAUGUUUGCAAACGCCUAUGGAUGGCCUGUUGUUAAACAUUUUGUCGACACACACUUUGGUUAUACGGCGGCUGCCCGUGAAUCGGAUGACCAGGAAUCACGAGAGGAAAGGGCAAAACCAAUGAAUGUCCCUGCGACUGAUGAAGGUGAGGAAGUUAUAGGCCAGCACGAUUCACCCCAUCGCCAGGCAUCGCCGAAUAUUAUUUUUGAAACCGGUUCUGGAAAACCCGACGGCCAGAAAUCGCUUCAACCACUACAUACGAACGCUUUACCUCAAGUUUCAACCCCCGAAUUGAAUUCCGACGAGACUGUGAAAGCCCUUGGCCGUAAAAUGAGCAGUCUCAGCGUAAACUCGAAAACUUCCCAGACAGAUUCAGCUAAGUGGACGGAGUCCUACCUCGAAGAUGAUGGCCGCGACGAGGAAUCCGCAGAUGAUGAUAUUGAUCACUUCAAAAAACAUGAUGGCAUCCGGGCUUCAGACUACUUAGAGCCAACCACACAGGGACCUAGUGAUCAGGAAGCUCAGCCGCCCACACCAUGA